AUGGCACGAGGAAACCAGAGAGAUAAUGCCCGCGAGAAGAACCAGAAAAAGAUGGCUCAAGUGAAAAGCAAGAACACCAUGACUGGAUCCGAACAGCAACGUGCAAGAGAGGACGUGGCUGCGAAAAUGCGCGCUAAGCAAAAAGCUGCCGACGAGCGCAAGGCUGCCGAAGCAUUGGCCGGAAAGAAAUAA